GGAGGGGAUAGCAAAUCAGCUAGGACCUUCUCGGCCACGCCCCUCCGCUCCCGCGGAUCCCGGAGUCCUGGCAACGGCGGCGCCUGCGGGCUGGGGCCCAGGCCGGGCCGGGGGAGAUGCCUUGCCCAACAGGGCCGGCGCCAUGCUCAAGGCCAAGAUCCUGUUCGUGGGGCCUUGUGAGAGCGGAAAGACGGUCCUGGCCAACUUCCUGACAGAGUCCUCGGACAUCACAGAGUACAACCCAACCCAGGGUGUGAGGAUCCUGGAGUUUGAGAACCCCCAAGUGACCAGCAACACCAAAGGAACGGGCUGUGAGUUUGAGCUGUGGGAUUGUGGAGGAGACACCAAGUUUGAAUCAUGCUGGCCCGCCCUCAUGAAGGACUCCCAUGGAGUGGUGAUCAUCUUCAAUGCUGAUAUCCCCAGCCACCUGAAGGAGAUUGAAAUGUGGCAUUCUUGCUUUGUGCAGCAGCAGCUGUUACAAGACAAUCAGUGUCUCUUAAUUGCACACCAUAAACCAGGCUCUGGAGGGGACAAGGGCAACUUGUCUUUGGCUGCACCUCUGAACAAACUGAAACUGGUUCACUCCAACCUGGAGGAGGAACCUGAGGAGAUCCGGAUGGAAUUCAUCAAGUACCUGAAAAGUAUAGUCAGCUCGGUGUCUGAGAGCAGGGAUCGGGAGGAGAUGUCAAUCAUCACCUAACUUGACAGCCAUUCAUUAUUCACACGAGAGUCUUUUUACAGCUUUGAACUACUCGUCUUCAUCUUGGACACUUGUGAAAUCACCCUCUGGCCCAGAUCAAGUCUGAAAUCUCUUUUGAGGGCACCGAUCUUUUUUUUUUUUUUUUUUUUUGGUGAUCAAACGAGAUCUGCCAAGAGGUGCCAUUGAUUCUCUGGGUACCGACUGUGCUUUUUGGUUUCAAGAACCCGGUUGGUGAAUUUGUCUGCUUCUGAUAUUGUCAGAAACCUGUAAAAGCAGGCUCAGUUUUGUUUGUUUAGUUUUGUUUCUUCUGAAAAUGUUACUGGUAUUGCAUAGGGAUCAAUCUGUCCCUCCAGACAGUUAUUGUUGGUAUAUAAUAAUCAAAUGUGUUGUCUUCUCAGUAAUAAGUGUAAUGGAAUGUUUAUUUUUAUAUGGAAUUCCAUAAUGUUAGGAAAACUAUGCUAAAUUGAUUGGGGGCUUAAAGGCCAGUUUAUAUAAAUAGACUUUCAUAAACAUCUGGGCAUUUUCAUCCAUAUCAAAUUUGUGCGGAUGUUAUGUUUUCAUAUCACCUCAUUUGUAAAAAAUGCUAAAGGAUUAAUAUUAAAAGGUUAUAAAGGCAUGUGGCUUUCAAUUCAUUGAAUAAGCAAAUUUAUUUUCAUGUUUUUAAAUGGAUUUUCAUUUUUCUCUACAGCCUUCAUAAUCAUUUUAAAUUUUGUCAUAUGUUACCCAUCAGAAAUAAACUUUCAAUACCUACAGCUUGAAACUAUAA